UCUCCUUCCCCCACGGCCAUGGCCAUGUCCAUGGCGAUGUCCAGAGCGCUCGCCGCGCGGCAUCCAAGCCAUUUAUGCCACCGAAUUGAGGCGAAGAGAUGCCAGGCGUCACCGCCCCGGCUUCCUCUUCUCCCUCGGAGGCCCCGGCUCACCGUCGCCUCGCGCCCGCGGAUGCUACCGGCGAGCCCCAGGAUGUCGUCGAGUGAGUCGGACCUGUCCCCUACGCCGCCGUCGGAGCGCACCAUGACGGCCUGGGACUUGGCCAGCCUCUGGGUCGGCCUUGUGGUUGGGGUGCCGUCGUACUACCUCGCCGGCAGCCUCGUCGACCUCGGCAUGUCGGCGCUGCAGGGCGUCGCGACCGUCGCCUUCGCCAACCUGGUCGUGCUCGUCUCGCUGGUGCUCACGGCCGCGCCGGCGGUCACGCACGGGCUGCCGUUCCCGGUGCUCGCGCGGGCGUCGUUCGGGGUGCGCGGCGCGCACCUGCCGGCGAUCAUCCGCGCGCUAGUCGGCUGCGGGUGGUUCGGCAUCGAGUCCUGGAUCGGUGGCCGCGCCGUGUUCCUCCUCCUGCCGUCCAGGCUCAAGACGUACCAGCCGCUGCUCGCCCCGGUACCCGGCCUCGGCGCGGCGCCGCUCGAGUUCGCGUGCUUCCUCGCGUUCUGGGCCGCGCAGCUCGGCGUCAUCAUGCACGGCAUGGAGGGCAUCCGCAAGCUCGAGAAGUACUCCGCGCCGGUGCUCAUCGUGCUCACCUCCGCGCUGCUGGCCUGGGCCUACGUGUCCGCCGGCGGCUUCGGGCGCAUCCUCUCGCUGCCACCGAGGCUGACGCGCGCCGAGUUCUGGAAGGUCUUCUUCCCGUCGCUCACCGCGAACAUCAGCUUCUGGGCGACGGUGGCCAUCAACAUACCGGACUUCGCGCGGUACGCGCGGAGCCAGGCGGACCAGGUGCUCGGCCAGGCCGGGCUGCCAGUGUUCAUGGGCAUGUUCACCUUCGCCGGCCUCGCCGUGACCUCCGCCACCGAGGCCAUCUUCGGCCACGUCAUCUCCGACCCCAUCGACCUCCUCGGCCGCAUCGGCGGGCCUGUGACGACAGUGCUCGCCAUCGUCGGCAUCAGCCUCGCGACCAUCACCACCAACAUUGCCGCAAACGUGGUGGCGCCGGCGAACGCGCUCGUCAGCAUGAGCCCCCGGACGUUCACGUUCGCCAAGGGGGCGUUGGUCACCGCAUUGCUGGGCAUCGCCUUCCAGCCAUGGCGGCUGCUCAGCUCCAGCGAGAGCUUUGUCUACACAUGGCUGCUCGGCUACUCGGCUCUCAUGGGCCCGAUCGGAGGGAUCAUCCUCGCCGACCACUACAUCGUCCGGCGCACCGCGCUGGACGUUGACGCGCUCUACUCGGAGGACAGGCACGGGCCUUACUAUUUCCAGGGUGGUUUCAACGUCGCCGCCAUGGAGGCGAUGGCGGCCGGAGUUGCACCGAUCGUGCCCGGAUUUCUGCAUAAGGUUGGAGCUCUACCAAGCGUCUCCAAGGCAUUUGAGACGGCAUACAACAACGCCUGGUUCGUCAGCUUUUUCGUCGCCGGCGCCGUUUACUGCCUGCUCAGCCGCCAGAGUAGGAGUGAAUCGAAGUAUAAGUACAACUGAUACCCUGAUUUGUAAAAUUAAACACCAAUUGAUUGAAAUUUGCAAACCCAAAGGAAUCAAGAUC